AUGUGCCAUGCAGCUUGUUACUCUUUUACGGGUUUGAUGAUCACUCGGUUCUUCCUCGGUGCAUUCGAAGCAUCUAUCGCCCCAGGUUUCUCCCUCAUAACCGGAAUGUGGUAUACCCGACGCCAGCAGCCUCUACGGUAUGGCUUAUGGUUUGCUGGUGGCUCUAUGGCCACCCUGUUUGGAGGACUUCUUUCCUAUGGCAUCGGACACAUCGAUGGUGGCCCCGUAGCCGCGUGGCAAUACCUGUUCCUGAUCUUCGGCGCUGUCACUGCUGGGUGGGGAAUUGUAAUGCUCAUAUUCCUGCCAGACACACCAGCAAAAACCUUCUGGUUGACCCCCGACGAGCGCUCGACCAUACUUCACAAUGUUAUGGCCGAUGGUCAGGCUGGAACUAAGAGCCCCUACAAGUUCUCACAGGUCCUCGAAGCCUUCCGUGACCCAGUGACCUGGUGCCUAAGUCUGUACAGCUUCUGUGUGAACAUCGCCAAUGGCGGCCUCACGACCUUCGGCUCAUUGGUCGUGCAAGGCUUUGGCUUCAAAGGUCUCGAGGCCCUCUUAAUUCAAAUGCCCACAGGCGCUGCCCAGCUAUUUUUCGUGAUCGCAAGCGCCGUGCUGUGCUCGACUUUCCCUAACAUCCGGACCCUGACCAUGAUGGCCCUUGCGCUGAUCAGCCUAUUGGGAAUGGUUCUCAUGUACGCUCUACCUGACAGCAACCAGGCUGGCCGCAUGGCGGGUUUCUGUCUUAGCUUGGCUUUCUCGGCAAACAUGCCACUCGCCAUGUCGUUGAUUACCAGUAAUGUUCGGGGACUCACCAAGCGGGCAGUGAUUAAUGCAUGUGUUCUUGUGAUGUAUUGCGUGGGCAAUAUCGUUGGCCCGCAAUUCUUUAGUGUGGAUGAGGCGCCGAGGUAUGAGAGGGGUAUUACAGCCAGUCUGUGCGGAUUUGGGUUGGGGUUCUUCUGGAUACUUGUCUUGCGACUGUAUUUGCAGUGGCAAAAUAAGAAGCGAGCAGGUGAAGUUGAAUUGGAUAUGCCCCAGGAGAUGCUGAUUUUGGAAGAUCGGACUGACUGGGAGACACCGGGGUGCAAAUACGUUGUGUAG